AUGGCAGCAAAAAUAAAGUUUUGGAGGGAUGGAACGAUCUGUUUGGACGAAGAAGCUCUACAAAAAGUUAUUCGGUUGGCCUACGACAAAUGUAUGGACUGGACCGAAUUCGUUUGCGUUACUGAAGGAAUAAAACGGCACGAGAAAAUCGAGGAUUAUGGAUUCGAGAAGACUUACGAUGCCGCAUUGAAAAAAGUGAAAAGAGAAAUCGAAGAGGAGGAAAAGGCGAAAAGGCCCAUCAAGGAGGGAUCUACUGCUUUCGCAGCACCGGCAGCUGCAGCACUCUUAGAAAAGGAUGGUCCGAAGCGGGGAAUCUCGACACGGGUAGCCUCGACCUUUUUGCAGCUCAAGGAGAUUCUCAAUGAAUGGUCGGCACACGCCAUAUGGGUUAUUGUUUGGCCGUUGGAACAAAAAUUCAAGGAGGACGAAGUUACGGAAGUGGUGAGGGCCUGCGAGAGGCAUUUUGAGAAUGGUGGCCGUAUAGUUUCGGCAUGGCCUCCGGUUGUUGCGAAGAAUUCUGAGGUGUGGAAAAAGAUGAUCGAUAUCUGGAAACUAUUGGAUGCGACUCUGGAGAGGAGAGCAGGAUCUGGACAGUUUUUCAGAACGGCGAACUCGAAAAUAGAGGAGGGAAAAAUAUUCUGUGAGCUGGGAGCACCAGAAUCGUGUUUAUCAUUUUACGGAACCGACUGCACGGUAGGAUGUGCGAAAGUGGUGUACGAGACGAUUAAAAGAAGGACGACCAAUUCGGUGGAGCUGCCAGAACUUAAAAGGAUGGAGCCUCAGCUGCUGAGGACAGCAGCUUCGGAGAGGGGAGGCAUGUGGGCCGAAAGAUCAUGGGUGCGACCCACAAAACGCCGGGGCGAUCUGGGCGGGAAUUAG